AUGCUGCCUUCAAAUGCUGCUUCUUGCACAUCUCCCACACCCAACACAGACAACCCAGACAAGAAGGUCCAGUGGGCUUCUGAGAAGAGACGGAGGAUUUCAUCCACAGACUCAGAGUCAAAGACCCACGUGGACCCUUCGAAGUUGCCCAGGUCCCGGAGACCCAGCCGGCUGACAGUGAAGUAUGACAGGAGUGAACUUCAGCGCUGGUUGGAGAUGGAGCAGUGGGUGGAUGCUCAGAUUCAGGAGCUCUUCCAGACACCUCAGGGCAAGUCCUGCCAGGCAAAAGAGAAAGACAGUAACCCCUAUGACCACAUGUUAUUCCCAAACAGGAUGAACAAGUCCCUCCUGAGCCCGAGAUUGAUCUGGAAGCUCUCAUGGAACUAUCCACCGAGGAGCAGAAAACUCAGUUGGAGGCUAUUCUCCAAAGCUGCCCCCGCCCCACAGAGCCUUUUAUCUCUGAGCUGCUCAGCCAACUCAAGAAACUUCGGAGACUCAGCAGACCUCCAAAAUAAGCCCAGAGAGACUGUCUUCAGCAGCCUUAGCACUGCUGGGCCUGUCCUGGCCCUCUGGAUACUGGCUGAAAGAGAAACAUUUUGGAAUACAAACAAGGAAAGCAGAAGACAAGGAGGGACAUUUAUACAGCCCGAGUGUGUGUGCAGUCACAGCUAGCUUCUCUCGGAUGAGCUCUCUGGGAGCCAGCCAGUUGUGGUUGUUGUCCAGUGCUUUCCUUGACAACCAGGAUAAAACCUUAGGAGUCCCAGAUAAAUGGAGUGUGGUGCAUAUCUGUGUGAGGGGCAGGGAGGGAGAAGGGGAAGUGAUAUCCUAGAAGAUCAACAUUCUAAGUCACUUGAUUAUAUCCAUUCCAUCCACCCAUCCACCCACCCAUCCAACAGGUCUUGGGAAUUCAAAGACAAAGGUCACAGCUUGGCUUUGAAGAAAUCAUAGUAAUAAUAGUAAGGCCCAGAGGCCAUCUGGCUAAAGUACACAGCAUCCUGGCAUCACCAAGAGGGGCCCCAAGUGGUAAAGGUAAGUCUUAAAUUAGAAAGCAGGCAACAAGAAAUACCUCACUGGACUCUGGAGCAUCAGAAGAGGUUAAUCCCUCCUCCACUCAGUGAUGCUGGAAUCUUCAUGUGGCGAUCUCUUCCUGGAUUGGCUCCUGUCCAGGGCAGGAAGAGAAAAGGCAGAGAUUAUGCAGGAGUGGAAAGGGAGAGCCAGGGGUUGAUCUAGUUGCUGGAAGACAGAUAAUGUGGCCUCCAUGGCAGACAGGUUGGGACAGGAACCUGGGAGGUGGGUCCUUUGUGAGGAAGGCAGGAAGCAGGCCAAGUAUACACUGUUCCUACAUUCUCUAAGUACUAUUAGCUGCCCAGAGCAGAAAGCACAGUUCAGUGAGAUGGAUAUUCAUACUUACUUGGUUUGAGAUCACCAGGAUGGAUGGAACUGUUCCCACUAGAAGCUUACAGGAUAGCUCAACCUUUUCAUUAAUUCCAGUAGACUCUGCUUCUUGCCUACUCUGUUCUUACCACCUUUUACAGGGCCCAGGUUCAGGGUCUUAGACAUACAUAGUGUCAGGGGAUCUGCAUGUAUAAAUUAGUUGCUUAGUAUGUAUGAAGACCUGGGUUCAAUCCCCAGUACUGUCAAACAGACUCACAAAU